GAACGACACAACACUACAGCAAAGUCCUCCUUUACUCCAAAACGCUUCUAAGCCUCGGCACAUCUCCUCACAUCGCUACUAACUACACUUUAUUCAUCCUCCGUGUCAGGAUAAACUCCACUCGUCUCAGUCAACUUUGGAGAUUAUUAGGCCCGCUUAGCUUGCUAGUUGUUUUAGCGCGCUAGUUAGCUAAGCGCGCUAGUUAGCUUAGCGUGCUAGUUAGCUUAGCUUGUUAGCUGCUAACAAAGAGACGCGGAUUUGAUCAACACAUCGCUUAGUUAAGAUCAAGUGUGAGUGUAAAGUGUUGUGAUUGUGUGAAAAUGUGCGAAAGAACGAUAGCAGAGUACAAAGAGGAACUUUCUCGAACAAAAGAAGAGAACAAAAGACUACGUCAACUACUGGAGGCUGUUUUCAAGAAACAUCAAGUUGUGUUACACAGAACAGACGUCUGUGAAAAAUAUCGUCCACCUGAGCAGCAGGAGGGGUCCUCCAGUAUGGAGCAGAAGAGGUCACAGCACCUCCACGUGAAAGAAGAGGAGCCACAGCCCCCCCACUUUAAAGAUGAAGAGGAAGAGUCACAGACUCCUCACAUUGAGAAUAUACAGUCCCUUCACGUAAAAGAGGAACCGGAGGAUCCGCAGCCCUCAUACGUCAAAGAGGAAGAAAAACAGUGGCUGUCCCCCCACUUCAUAGAGGAAGACAAGAGACACCUCAUCAGUGUGAAGAGUGAAGAUGAUGAGGUCAAAGGUGAGAGUGAGGAGAAGAGAGAGGCGGAGCCUCCAAGCAGCAGCUCAACUCAACACAUGACAACAGAAGCUGAUGGAGACCACUGUGGAGGAUCACAAGCAGACAAGCUCUUAGCUCCACUAUCAGAUAGUGAGGACACAACGUCACACUCUCCUGACACUGAUGAUGAAGACUCUAAAGAUGAUAAGACAUGUCACACUGACAACACACACUUCACAUGUUCUCACUGUGACAAAACUUUUAAUGACCGUUGUCGUCUAAAAAUACACAUGAGAACACACACUGGAGAAAAAACUUUAUGUUCAAUCUGCGGUAAAGAUUUUACUCAUAGGUACAAUUUGAAAAUACACAUGAGAAAACACACUGGAGAAAAACCUUUUUCAUGUUCAAUCUGCGUUAAAGAUUUUACUCAUAGGUACAAUUUGAAAACACACAUGAGAAUACACACUGGAGAAAAACCUUUUUUAUGUUCAAUCUGCGGUAAAGAUUUUACUCUUAGGCACGAUUUGAAAAGACACAUGAGAAAACACACUGGAGAAAAACCUUUUUCCUGCUCAGAAUGUGGUGAAGAUUUUACUCAAAGCAACAAUUUGAAAAGACACAUGAGAAUACACACUGGAGAAAAACCUUUUUCCUGCUCAGAAUGUGGUGAAGAUUUUACUCAAAGCUACAAUUUGAAAACACACAUGAGAAAACACACUGGAAAAAAACCUUUUUCAUGUUCAAUCUGCGGUAAAGAUUUUACUCAAAGGGACAAUUUGAAAAGACACAUGAGAAAACACACUGGAGAAAAACCUUUUUCCUGCUCAGAAUGUGGUAAAAGUUUUGCAGUAAAUCAAAGUUUAAAAGAACACAUGAGAAUACACACUGGUGAAAAACCUUUUUCGUGUUCAGUCUGCAGUAAAGAUUUUACUCACAGUUCCAGUUUCAACGCACACAUGAGAAUACACACUGGAGAAAAACCUUUUUCCUGCUCAGAAUGUGGUAAAAGUUUUGUAACAAAUGUAAGUUUAAAAGUACACGUGAGAACACACACUGGUGAAAAACCAUACUCCUGUUCAAGCUGCAACAAAAGCUUCCGUUACCUAAACACUCUUACAGCACACAUGAGAGCACACACAGGAGAGAAAGUGUUGAGUUGCAGUGUGUGUGGUGAAAGAUUCUCUUCUAAGUACCAGUGUAAGAAACACAAGUGUGCUGGUGAGAACAGCAGCAGUAAAUGAAGAUGCAGGAUUUAAAAUCAACUUUCUAACAACAUCAGCACAUAUAACAUGUGUGACAUCAUUGUUGUGUGUGUAACACAAUCUUGUUAAUAUGAUUCUAACAUUUAUAGAUUAGACACUUCAGAUUAGUGCUUUUAUUUCAGUCAAGUACAUGCGUUAAUAUACACAUUUGUGUACUUUAAAAUGAACAGAACGAUUUGACUGAAAAGGUGAGAAUAAACAGUACAUCAAAUAUGUUACAUACAAUAAACAUUUUAAGUGUAGAUAUUCAUAGUUCACUUUUAUACUUAUUCAUAAUAGUGUUUUAUAUAUGUAUUUUGAAAUAAUGAAGGGUUACAUAUUUUAUUUUCUAAUUGUAGAUGAUUCCAUAGAUGAACUCCUUUAUAAGAUAUACAUAUUUGUUUUACAUGUGUUCAUACCUUUGCUUUUGAGUACACAUAAAUCCCUCUUAGUUCAUAUUUACUGGUUCACAUCUGAAACAUCUUCUGGACCACUUCUGGAAGCAUAUUAUUAUUUACUUUAUACAUCAUUUGAGCAGUUGUGUUUUAUACAAGACACAUUUACUUUUAAAAUGUGUGACUUUUUGAAUAAUUUGUUGGGUCUCUAUAAUCCAUUCUAUUAAUUAUCUUUAUUACUCUCUUGUGUAAUAUGAAUAUUGUUGUGUGAUUGUUUUAUAUGUAUGUCCCCAGACCUUUAUGCAAUAAACAAUGUAUGCUUCAACUAAA